AAAUAGUAAACUUGUUUGUCUUUAGGUAGACCUUAUGUUCCAAGUCAGUUGAGAAAGGAUUAUUGAUAAACUGAUGAAGUUUUGUUGAGUUUAGACAGAUUAAUGGAUCUGCUAAUGAUUAGUUAUAUGUAGGAUUUAUCAAAAGCAUGUAUUGGUAUUCAGUGAGCAGACAUUUUUUAUUAGAGAUUGAUUUGAAUAAUUGACAUAGUAAGAAAUGGUGAAGAUUGAGAUGAACUGAAAAGGUGGUCAGAUGUUUUUUUCUGAAUUUAAAAUCUGAAAUUGUGGAAGAUUUAUUAUUGUUCAUCAACAAAUUGUUUUACACAGACAGAUGGUCUUUCUCAUUAAAAAUGGAUUUAUUUUUCAUAGAUAAGUAUACGUAAUAAUCCUGCCAAUAUUUGAAUGUAAACUUUCAGUGUACUGUAUGAUUGACUACAGAAAUUGUAGAAAAUAUUUUGGAAUUCUAUGUUUCAGUUGAAAAAAUUCAAUUAAUUAUUUAGUGUAACAUUAUUUGUACGAUUCUGCCAGAAAUGGAGGCCUUUUACAUAUAAAACAUAUCUAAAGUGAUUGAAAGCUGACUUCCUAUAGAUAUACAAACUGCCAAGGCAUCACAGAAAUCUUAUAACUUUACGUCACUGGUACUAUACAGGUGGUUGUAGUUGUCCAAUAGAAGGUGGUUAUCUGUAGAACAUAUGUGAUGGAAAUAAUGAAAAACAACACAUAUUUACUCUCCUUCUUUGCUUCCAUUUGAUUUGGAUGAGUAAAUACUCUAAUCAACCAGGCACUCUAUGGAUAUUCUUAAUUGUUGAUAUAGCGGGUUUCGUUUUAAAAGUAGAUUUUCACAGGAUUAUAUUUUGAUUGCUAAUUAUAAAAUAAGGAUUAUUGAGAUUUGGAAUUCAUUGCACGUAACAGUGAUGCAAUGCUUUGAUUGAAAAAAAAAGUUUGUGGCUGUGUGCAGUUUACAAAGACAAUAUUAACUGGUGUAAAACAUGGCUACAGACCAUCAAAUUGACAGUGAAAUGAACAUUUAGAUAUUGUUUAUGACCAGUUCUGAAUUAGCAUGUUAAUUACAAUUCCAUUCUUCUAUGUACUGUGAAAAUUAGUCAAGGAUUUACAAUGGACCGUUACUAUGAGUGGAACCAUUAUGUAUCUCUUGUCAGACUGAGGUGUCACUCACCUUCAAACAAAUGGGAGUGGGUGGAGAUCAUCGAACCCCGUACAAAGGAACAUAUGUAUGCUAACCUCACCACUGGAGAAUGUGUAUGGGACCCCCCUCCUGGAGUAAAAAUUAAGAAGACAGAUAACAACCAGUGGUGGGAAUUGUUUGAUCCAAACACAUCCAGAUUUUAUUACUACAAUGCCUCAAGUCAGAAGACUGUUUGGCACAGACCUACUAACUGUGAUAUCAUACCCCUAGCCAAGUUACAGACCUUGAAACAAAACACAGAAGUACGGAAUGAGGAUUUGGACAGAUUGUCCUCCAAACGAGAAAUUUCUACACAAACUCCAGUGGCACAAACAAGACGAGAACAUCCCAAGAAUAUACGGACUGGUUCCGUUAAAAGUGGAGGAGCACCACAAACAAGUCCCAAUGUCUCACGAAAGCAAAGAUUUUCCAGACAGGAUUCCAAUUCGUCUCAAAGUAGUUCUAGUCGACAUGAUAGCUUUAAGGAACUUUCAGUAAAUGGUGAGAAUGUCAGAAGACGUAGCAGUCAGUCAUCUCAAUCAACUCAGGCAGGGUAUUCAUCUUCCAGUCCACCGGUGUCCUCGUCAGCACUGAGACGAGAAUCAUCUACAGAAAUGUCUCCACGAGGAUAUGAUUCUCCAAGGUCAGGUCGAGCUCAUUCAAUGCAACGAUCUGUUUCAGAAGUUACACCCAGUGCCCUACCUGUUAGAUCAAAUAGCUACCGUUUUACAAAUUAUGGUCGAGAUGAUUCACAACCACAUUACGCAAAGAUCCGAGCACAUGAUGACUCUGACUUAUCAUAUUCUAAUAGAUCUAAACGUCACGGAAGUGACUAUGGAAGCCGAUCAGACUCUUACAGUUCACCAAAUCCAGAGAUGUAUAGCUCUGCCUUCGGUUAUUCUACAAACCAAAACAGUGUUCCCCAAGAACUACAUGAUAGGUUAUAUAGCCCAGUCUUACCUACAAAUAAAGACCAAGAAUGUAUAGCAUUCAGUCAAGACAUCGUGGCACAACAGGGACACGCAAGUCCCAUUCCACAAAAACCUAAACUAAGAUCAUUUCCACGUACUAAUCCAUCUUUUGUAGGUGUUCCAAAACGUAAUGGAAGCACCACUUACAAAAGAUUAAACGUAGAACAACAGCCAGUGUCAUAUGAACCUACCUCUGUUCCUGACCCAGGGACAUUUGUACCAUCAGACAUUCAAAUUGCACCAGGGGAUUAUGUUGGAGGACAUUAUUAUCAUCCACAUGAGAGAUCUGACAGUGAUACGUCACAUUCAUCAACUAGGGCAGUGCGACAUGAGCGAGCUGACAGUCAGACUUCGUUCUCAUCUCGCAAUAGGGAUUUAUCAGAUUCACAAUCUUCGCAAGGAUCAUUACGAGAUAUGCAUUCUUCACAUGGGUCUUUGCGCCUGCAACAAUUACAGAGUGAAAUGAAAGGAUUUAACGAUAGUAUUUCAUCUAGAGGUUCACAUAAAAGUGCUGGUGACAUAGACAUUGUACAUGUGAAAAGUGGCAGUCAAUUGUCACAUGAUUCAAGAGUUUCGGACGAUUCGGAACCUGAUUAUGCAAAUGUACCAACACAAAGUGAACGGACGCCUAGUUUCCCUACAAACUUAAAUGACGCAACAAAUUUUAAGGAGGUAUUAAAAGACAACCAAAAUAUUUUGAAUUAUCCUGAAGACUUUCAGCCAAACAGGCAUUCAAGGGAAAAAGUGAUAUUAAACUACCCACAUGACUUUCAGCUAGAUCCUAGUAUGUUAAAUGAACAGUAUGGUCACUUGAUGAAUAGAGGUCAUAGGUCAGCUCCAGUUUUUGAGAAUUUUCCUCAAGAAGUUGAACUGAACCAAAGUUUUGAGGAUGUGGAGGAUGCUAGUAAUAUGUAUUCUGUCAAUGAUUCACCUCCAGGAUUUGAUCUAUCCCAUCAUCCUUCAUUAAAGAGGAAGAAGCCAGAGAAAGGAGAUUCCCUUACAGGCAGUCCAGCAAUGGAGAAAAGUCAUUCAAUGCAAGCUGAUAUGAUGCAACAAAGACCAGCUUCAAUGGUUGUCCCAUAUCAGACAGAAACUAAUGUGUCAAUAAGUCCCAGUAUAGGAUCUCUAAACAGACAGAAUCGUGCCGGAACAGCACCACCUAUCAGAUCUGCUAGUCCUUUGUCGCAGAAACAGAAACUUCAUUCAGAAACAGACAUUGAGAACUAUAUGAACAGACAUAAAAAGGGACUGUUUGGAAAGAAAAUCUCAUAUGAAGCCAUGCUGGUUUGGCAAAAGGAUCUGAUACAAAAGCCUAUACUGAGGACAGAAGAUAAAGGUGUCAAGAAAGAUGCCUGUGAAGUCUUUAGACUUAUACAAGUGUAUAUGGCUGACAGAAAGGGCAAAGGGACACAAAUCAGUAAUGCACAGGAAAUCAUCAUCAAAGGCUGGCACUGUGUUGCACUCAGGGAUGAAAUCUAUAUGCAACUCUGCAAACAGACAACAGACAAUCCUAAGUUAGAAAGUUUACAGAGAGGCUGGGAAUUAAUGGCAGUUUGUUUAAACUUUUUUCCUCCAACUGUAAAAUUUAAAACGUAUUUAGAGGGUUAUAUUUCAAGAUAUAUUGAUACUGAUGAUGAAUUUCCCGAUUUGAUUGUAAGUCAGGCUGAUGGAAAUCUGAUACCAAUCAGUCAUUUUGCAAAACAAUGUAAUAAACGUUUAGAGAAAAUGGUACAAAGUGGGCCAAAGAAAGGACAAAGGAAGCCAAACAUUGAUGAAAUAGAACAAGCUAAGAAAUCAAUAUUUAAUCCAUCUAUGUUUGGAAGUACUUUAGAAGAAAUUCUAGCCCUUCAAAAUGAAAGAUUUCCAGACAGAAAGUUGCCCUGGUUACAGACAACACUUUCAGAGGAAGUUUUGAGGUUAAAUGGUGCUCAAACAGAAGGAAUAUUUAGAGUUCCAGGUGAUAUCGAUGAAGUUAACGCAUUAAAGAUUAAAUGUGAUCAGUGGAUAAUCCCUUCAGACUGUCCAGAUCCCCACAUUCCUGCAUCCUUAUUAAAAUUAUGGUACCGAGAACUUCAGGAACCAUUAAUUCCCCCAGAGUUCUAUGAAGAAUGUAUAGAAAAUUUCCAGAAUCCAGAAGAAGCUAUAGAAGUUGUUAAUAAACUUCCAGAUAUAAAUAGAUUAGUGCUAGCAUACCUUAUACGAUUUCUACAGGUAUUUGCUGCUGAGGACAAUUCAAAAGUAACGAAAAUGGACGUUAAUAAUUUAGCCAUGGUCAUGGCACCAAAUUGUUUACGAUGUGAAAGUUUAGAACCGCAAGUGAUAUUUGAGAACACAAGAAAGGAAAUGGGUUUUAUCAGAACAUUAAUCCAAAAUUUAGACACAAGUUUUAUGGAGGGCAUCGUGUAAUAAUUAAACACUUAAAUAACAUGUGCAUUGUGUGAAAAGUUCCUGGGGAUGAGCUGUAUGUAUGUACCAUGGGGUUCAGCUAACAAUGGUUAAACAACCUCUACCCUUUUUGUUAGACACGAAUACAUAAUAAAUAUUGUAAAAUAAUCUAUGGCAAAAAGGGGAUUUACACUCAUUAUAAUUUCGUAAUAAACACCUGUUGACUUUUCAAAAUCUCAAUUGGGGAUUUUUGGCACAAGAGGAUUUAAUGCAUACCUAUAUAUGUCAUUAGUGUUCUAGAACCUCUGUGGUUUAGAAUGAAUAUACAUGUGUUUAAAUGUAUUUUUUACUCCUCUGAAUGCCUUUUUAAAGUGUUUAGUCUAGAUAAUUGAGUAUUGUAAGGGUAAGGUUAACACCUUUCAUUGGGGAUAUUCCCACACAAAGCAGGAAAGUUGGCAGGUCUGAAUAAAGAAAAAGUCCUCAAUUAAGAAUAUGAAAAUUAACUGAAUAUUUUUUAUAAAAAAAAGUGAUGCUUUUAAAUAUAAUCUUCCAUAUGCUGUUAAAAAUUAUAAAAAUCUUUUUGAAACAUCUAAAUACCACAAGAGUUAUAGCUUGAUGCUAUUUCUGUCUUCACACUUGGACGCAGGCGUAGAAGGUAAGGCUUGUUAAUUUUUAAUCAGCCUGUAAGAAUUUUUACUGCAAGUCAAUAGAAUCCAUACAAAAUUUUCCAAAAAAUGAGUGUCUGGCCUGUGGCUGCAAAAAUAAUAUUGUGAAGACAGUUUUUUGUUGCAUGUGUAUUGUCAGAUCUUUUUCACACAUCUGCUUUGUAAGGUUUAUGAUUUUUUUUAUGUAAUUUAAGCUCCUACAAAUCAUGUAUAAAUGCUGUUUAUUUUAUGUCUGUAAGAUAUGUACAUAGAAUGGUAGAUUAGUAUUUUGUCAAUUUUCUGAUCACCACAAAUAUAUUAGUAUUUUUGUUGUAUAUGUCCUAUUUCAUAAUUUAAGGAAUAUUUUGUUAUCUGUAUACCAUAUCAUUCACAAUUUAACAGCUACAAAUAUAACAUUGCUACGAUUAAUUGCAUGAAGCUGAAUGUCUAAAUGUAAUAUAAAAUUUAAUUUUGUGUGAGGUUGAAAUAAAAGGCAUCCAGUUUUACCUAGAUCUGAAUAUUUUUUUCCCUUCAUCAAUAGCACAAAUAUUGUUUUAAAGUUUUAUCAUAUUUCCUUACAUCCAUAUUUUAGUAGUGGACAUCUCUUUAUAUCUGUUUUAUUCAGCUAAGAUAAUAAGAAAUUGCCAAUGCAAAGCUUUUUUCCAUCUAUAUAGAAAAAUCUUUAGAAUGAGAUCUCCUUUCUUAAAUGUUUUAAAAAUUUAAGCCUCAACCGUCAUGAAGUAAGAGUUGUACAAUGUUCAGUUUCAUCCAGUACAGCAAUCUCAUUAUGAAACAUAAAAAAUGAAUUCUACCAGAUUCUAUAUCUUUCGUCUCAGACUCAAUGUCAAAACUAUUCUCUUUCUUAUAGAUUUUUGUUUAUACUACUGGACAGCAAUAUAAUAUGGUGCUUACUCACAAGUUAAUGUCAGGUCAGUGUUGUUUUUGUUUUGUUAAUGUGUCAACAAUUGCAUUUACUGUUUUGUUAAGAAAAGGGCAUUGGUGACAUUGAAAUAGCAAAAAGGGGAGAUAAACAAUGAUUUGACCUAUUUAAAAUUGGCCAGUGAAUUUUAUUCUGAAGUAAGCAACUUUAUUGUUCUUCUAGAAUUAAAAAGUAUUUAAACCUUCGUUAAAUAAGUUUCUGAAUAUGAAGCUACAAAUAAAAUGGAAUAUAUGUAUACACAGUUUUUCAUUUCAUCCUAUUUAUAUUGAUUGAAUUGGUUCAAUAUGGGCCUGAAACAUUUAAAGAUUUAAAUAUAUAUGUAUGAAAGAUGUACAAUUAUUUUGUGUGUUAUAUAUUUAUGUACAUAGCACAGUGUAAUAUAGACAAAGGAAAUCUCUUACAGAAAUGUAAUAAUUGAUGUAAACAUGUUAUAAUUUGGACAGCUGCUGUCUUGUUUUAGUAUUUUAUGUUUAUUAUGACUGUGAUCAGGAGGAAUUACCUCCCUUUAAUAACUUACAGAUGUAUUUAUGCUUUAUGGCUUUAUUAGAAUAGUCCUUGAAGUUCAGGGUCACUGAUGUUACAUCAAAUUUUUACAUUCUGAUCAUCGAUCCAUUUGUUUCGCCUGUGAUAAGGGAGUGGGAGCAAGACUUGGGCAUACUGUUGUCAAUGGUGGCAACAAUUGUUGAAGUUUGUUAUAUUGUCACACUGGCAAGACAUAUCUCUGUGUCAAUUUAUUACUGAUCAUGAUGUGUAGGUCUUUGAAGCCUUACUUUUAGCUAUGUCAAGAAGAAACAUACAUGUAUAUACAUUUAUGAAAAUAACUAAAUUUAUUCAUAACAAGAAAUUUAUUUAAUUAAGAACAAUUAUUUGAAAUAGAAAAUUUAAGAGGCUGGAUUUAGUUUUUAUAUGAAAAAAAAAUUUUGUGGUCGUAUAUUGGUAUGACGUUGGCGUCGUCGUCGUCCGAAGACACAUUGGUUUUCACACUCUAACUUUAGUUUAAGUGAAUGGAUCUCUAUGAAAUUUUACCAUAAGGUUCAAUACCACAAAAGGAAGGUGGGGAUUGAUUUUGGGGGUUAUGGUACCAACAGUUAAGGAAUUAGGGGCCAAAAAUAAACAUUUUUGUAACUUCCAGACAAAACUUGUGUGUUAGUGUAUGGAUCUCUCUGACAUUGUACCACAAGGUUCCAUAUCACAAAGGGAAUGCUGGGAUUGAUUUUGGGGGUAAUUGCCUCCAAAUUUUAGGAAUUAGGGGCCAAAAACAAGCAAUUUUCUAGUUUCAUGACAAUAACUUGUGUGUAAGUUUAUGGAUCUUUAUGAAAUUGUACUACAAGGUUCCAUAUCACAAAGGGAAAGCUGGAAUUGAGUUUGGGGGUAAUUGCCCAAAACGUUUAGGAAUAAGGGGCCAAAAAGGGGCAAAAAAACAAGUAUUUUUCUAGUUUCCAGACAAUAACUUGUGUUCAAGUGUACGGAUCUCUCUGAAAUUGUACUGCAAGGUACCAUACCACAAAGGGAAGGCUGGGAUUGAUUUUGGGGGUAAUUCCCUCAAAAUUUUAGGAAUUUGGGGCAAAAAAGGGGCAAAAAAACAAGCAUUUUUCUAGUUUCCAGACAAUAACUUGUGUUCAAGUGUACGGAUCUCUCUGAAAUUGUACUGCAAGGUACCAUACCACAAAGGGAAGGCUGGGAUUGAGUUUGGGGGUGAUGAAUCAUAAGGGGGUUCAAAAAAUUUUGGGGGUGUUGGGGAUUUUUUUUUGCUUUUUUUUCUUUAAAAUUUUCCAUUUUAAAUUGGUUAUAUCUGAUUUAUAAUUUACAUAUAAAAGCAAAUAAUAAUGAUAUGGUUUGAAUAGGUAAAUUAAAAAAAUUUAAGUUCUUAGACCACAUUCAUUCUGUGUCAGAAACCUAUGCUGUGUCAAAUAUUUGAUUACAAUCCAAAUUCAGUGCUGUAUCAAGCUUGAAUGUUGUGUCCAUACUUGCCCCAACUGUUCAGGGUUCGACCUCUGCGGUCGUAUCAAGCUGCGCCCCAGCGGAGCAUUUUUUUUUUACAAAAUUGAAUUUAAAAGCAUCAAAUGUUUUCACAGUAAGAAGUUUUCACAGUAAGAAGACAUUGUAAGACCCUGAACUUUAAGGUCUUGUUGCUUUGCAGCUUUAAUCAAAAUGUGCGGGUAUAAUUGACAGUAACUUUGAAGGACUUUUGGUUAAUAAUUAUCAUAGUGCUACAAACAAGUUAACAAUUUCAAUUUAAACAUCACUGACUUCCUAUUGGAGAAGAUUUUGUGAUUUUUGUAUCAGUAAGCUGAUACUCUGUCUACUAUUGUAUGCUUUUGAAAAAAAACAGUUUUGUCAAAGAAGACAAUGUUCACUUUAAUUAAUAGUUUAUUUACAAAUCGUAUUGAGAAAUUGAUCAGUAUUAAAUGCAUGACAUCUCUUGUAUACAUGGAAUGAAAGAAUGUGUGGUUUUUUAACCUAAAAAAAAAUGAUAACAUUCCAAACUGUUACAUUAAGAAAAUAAAUACCAAUUAUUUUACACCAAAUAUAAAUUAAAUAUAUAUAAUCGGAAAAAAUGACAAGAAGAUAUCAUGUAUUGAAAUCAGUUUUAAGGUUGGUAUUUGUUUAGUUGUAAAUUUAAUCAAAUACUAAAUAGUCCUUAAAUGAUGUAUUCAUUUUUAUCAGUUUUGUUUUUUUCAUGAAUUUUUUAAAAUGAUGCAAUAAGUUAAUGAAUAAGUGACAUUGCCAACAAAACUAGUAUUCAAAAAUUAGAUCAACUACAAGAACAUUUAUAAAUCUUUUUUUUAAAUGAGAGGUAUUUGCCUGAUGAAUUGCAGAUAUUUUUUAAUUCAAAAAGCAGUUUUUAUCAUCAACUUCACAACAGUUAAAGAGUGUCAAAAUUAAACAUUUCAAGAAGAUUUGACAUAGAUUUUACUGUCUAUAACAGUCUUUCCUUUAUGAAACACUAUAUUAAACAACAAUUUUUCAAGGUCAAACAGUUUUCUCUACAACUUUACAGAAAACAUUUAAAAAUGAACUAUAUACAGUCUAUAGUACUAUGACCAAUGUCUAGUUGACAUAUCAGGAUUAUGUGUAUUAAGUGUAGUAGCUAUAUUUGUUUUGUGAAUGUAUGUAAUUGUUAAGAAGAACAAAGAAAUUUUUAUUUACAAGAAAUCUUACAUAUUCUUAUUGAGCCUAUGAUAUUAAAUAAAGAAAUACAAUUUUA